AUGGUGCCAGUGGAAAAUAAAAACCAAACUCACCACGAACUCUUCCGUUGGACCUCAUAUGAGCAUCAUCGGGUAAAAACUGCUCCAGAAUAUCUCGAAGCACAGCCUAUUGCAGAAGAAAACACUCGUAGUCGAUGUAACAACAAUACCCCAAGGCGAAAUGCAGUCCCACGAAGCCUACAAUCUUCAGCCAAUAUCUUGGUAGCUUUAAGUGCAUCGUCCAUGCUAGCCCCAGAUGCAAUCACUGCACACACAAUAGCACCAGCAGACGAACCAGCCAGUGAUGUGAACUUCAAUGUCACGAGUAGCACGCUCAAUAUCUCUCAGACAAAUAUCAUAGCAGUGUCAAAGCACAAAGGAAACAGAAGCCCGGCGGCUGAAAAACUAAAACCGGGGCUAGUAACCUCCUUGCGCCGCCGCUCGGCCUCCACAUCCUCCACCAUUUGCUCCCACACCACGUCCGGCUGGACCGGGUCCUCUACCACGGCGCCGAUUCUCUCCUUCCUCCGGCGCCGCCACCACCACUCCAUCUGCCUCUCCUCGUCCGCGAACAUCUCCACCGCCGGCACUUCGCAGUCCUCUAUUCCAUCGACGAUUGACCCACUCUUCUUCAAAAUCCGCGACGCGAUUCCGAGGAAGAGCUCGCCGGUGGCCGCGGCCAACGACUUCUUCUCCGACGGCGGCGGCGGUGGUGGUGAGGCGCUGUAG